AUGAAAUCAAAUGUUGUGAUAAUACUUAUAAUCACGUUCUGUGCCAGCGAGAUCGUCGCACAAGCUGCACAGGAUUGUAAAGAAGUUAAUGCAACGACGGAAGUACAGAAGUUCGUUGUAAGCAGUACUCGCACCGGCUGUCAGUACCGUGUCCAAUCGGAAUCCGGUAAAGCGGUGAAGGUGUUUGUUAAUGCGACGAGUGGGAGCAAAUGUGUGAAGGCGUCCAGUGACGGGAAAUCGGAAACGCUGUGUCCAUCAGGUCCAACGAACCAAUUGACAUCCAGCCCACCGAUUGACAUGAGUGCGGUUUAUGACACGACUAGUUCAGAUGCGACAACCGCACCUACGACGGAAGCAACAACCAAGGCUACGGAAGCCACUGCACCAACAACAAAACCAGAGACUGAAGGGGAUGAUACACAUUCGGAAAAAGCGAAAUCAUCAGCAUCAAAUAAACAAGGAACGGGUGCCAGUUCAAAAAAAGAAUCAGUAGAGAAAGCUGAUUCGCACAGCAGUGCGGGAGAUGAACAAGAGAGAUCCGCAGUUGAGCAAGACAUCCAUGAUGUUCAACAUAUCAGACUUGCCAGAGAUACUUCUAACGACGUAACUGUAUAUUACGUAGUGGCUGACAUCUACGUGGCUAAACUAGAAAGGAGCAUGCUGAUCCGAUUUCGUGAAGGAUUAGUACAGCACGGUAGAUAUAUGGAUGAUAUCUUCUGUGUGACCGAUCUCGAAAAUAGCAUUCGACAGACACUGAAAUAG